GAGAGCUUGUUCUUCCUUCAUACACGCCUCACACAGUCAAUUGAUAACAGCCACCAUGUCUCCUCCCCGUCAAGUCUUCAUUGCCGUCAUCGGCGCCGGCGGCGUAGGAAAGUGCUUCCUGAACCAGCUCACCGGCCUGGCACAGCGCCUCUCGCAAUCGCCGUCCUCGCCAUACUACCUCUCGCUGAUCUGGCUGUCAACAUCGAAGAAGGCUAUCUACCACGGCGAUUACAAGUCCCUCUCCAACUGGGAGUCCGAGCUUGCCAACAACUCCAAGCCCACGCUGCCUCUGCCCCAGCUGCAAGAGUACCUCGUCAAGGCGCCCGGCAAGGUCGUCCUCGUCGACAACACCUCGAACCAGGAUAUCGCCGACGCAUACCCUGGCUUCCUCAAGAAGGGCAUCAGCAUCGUGACGCCCAACAAGAAGGCUUUCUCCGGCAACCUGCAGCUCUUCAAGGACAUCUUCAGCGCGGCCUCGAACGGCUCCGGCGCAGGCGGCUUCAUCUUCCACGAGUCGUCCGUUGGUGCGGGCCUGCCCGUCAUCUCAACGCUGAAAGACCUCGUUGAGACCGGCGACAAGGUCACUAAGAUUGAAGGCGUCUUCAGCGGCACUAUGUCCUUUCUUUUCAACAGCUUUCAGCCCACAUCUGGCGGCGGCGGCAAGUUCAGUGCUGAAGUCACCAACGCAAAGGACAAGGGCUACACCGAGCCCGACGCUCGCGACGACCUUAACGGCCUCGACGUCGCCCGUAAGCUCACCAUCCUGGCCCGUCUUGCCGGCCUGUCUGUGGAGUCCCCUACCGCCUUCCCUGUCCAGUCGCUCAUCCCGAAGGAGCUUGAGUCGUGCACCUCCGGCGACGAGUUCCUCGAGAAGCUGCCGCAGUUCGAUGGUCAGAUGGAUGCGCUCAAGGCCGAAGCCGAGAAGGAGGGCAAGGUCGUGCGCUUCGUUGGUAGUGUCGAUGUGCCCUCCAACGCCGUUAAGGUCGGGCUCGAGAAGUUCGACAAGAGCCAUCCCAUUGCGGCGCUUAAGGGCAGCGACAAUAUCAUCGCCUUCUACACUGAGCGUUAUGGUGAGAACCCACUGAUCAUCCAGGGCGCAGGCGCUGGCGGCGAGGUCACGGCUAUGGGUGUCACGGCGGAUCUGAUCAAGGUGCUGAGGCUGCUGCACUAGGCGUUGUUCCGAAGCGGUACGUCUGUAGAGAUGAAGAAAAGUUCAAGUCAAAGAAUACCAGUUGGAAUUUAUGAACACUGUGUCAGUCAGUGGUGCUGAGAAGUGACGGUGGUACUCUUCUAGAGCAGUGCUCGACGAGAGACGAGAAAUGACAUGAGCUGGCGAUUGUACGGAAGGGGAUUCCUACUUGUGCCAUACGUCUCGUUCACCGUGCCGAUUGUAGACCCGCCACAUACAAACCGUCAAUACAGGCGUCCCCAACAGGCAGCGUACAGGGCGAUCUACGCAGAAAUGUUGCUGUCCCAUGAACACCCUUCAUCUAAGCUUGUCAGUAAACUACAGCAUUAUGCCCUGCUCGUCAACCACACCUCACCUCUCCAAUUACCCCUCAUAAUCUCCAAGCCGCGCUUACCGUGGGUACUACACUGCUAUAACUCCUCACCUCCAAUAUGAC